AUGGUUCGCCUCAUGGAUACUAAACCCAUCGGACAUUUCUUUGUCUUGCGGAUAUGGCUUACUUCUUUAAAGAGACUAACUUCAGUCGAAGAAGUCCCCACUACUUGUUACGUUCAAGACUCUCAAAUCGAUAACAUGUUUCUCCCUCUCAUUUGUGCCGAGUUGUUCAGUGAAUGCCUGUCUCAUAUGAGGGAGGCGGAUCUCUUAGCAUGCACAGGAGUCUGUCGGUCAUGGAGGGAGGAAGCGAAAUCAUUCAUCUUCGAGACGGUGGACCUCAGGAGAGAUGGAAGAAAACUUGCAGAAUUACGGGACUAUCCCCAUCGUAUCAAGUACAUUCGACGACUUAUUGGUGACCCCUACCACUCUUUCAUUCAUUCUGACAUUGCCCCCGGGCCAGAGCGACUUCGCGUUCUUGAAUUUCGUGGAGAUCUCCUCCUGGACACACCGGUGCCUUCAAAAUAUAUCAACGAAACCAUCUGUACUUUCAGUCCUAUCCUCGAGGUAUUUAUCUUCCACGAUUCCAUUCCGAUGUUGUACAGUUCCUUCCGCACCAUUCUCGAAUCACUUGGUCAAUGCAAAUACCUCAGGAUAUUGUCGUUGCUGCCCGCCGCUAAGCCGGGCGGAGGUUCAUGUCAAAGUCAUGUCGAUGAUGCAUAUAAUGCAUUUCGACAAUUGGCACACGAGUUGCCCAGAAUCGAGGGCAGGCCCCAGCUUCAAUACCUUCAGCUUGUCUCUGCGGAAGGACGAGACUCCCCUCAGUUGUCGACUACAGCCUGUGCGAAGGGCCCUCAGGAAAUGGAAUACAAAUGGUUGGAGGAAACCCAUUGUCCUUUCGAUCUCCAUGGCCUUCGAGUUCUUGUGGUCGGGUGUCCCUUCGCUGCCCAAAUCGUGCUCCCGAUUGUGUCGACUAGUCUAUGCAGGCUUGAAUUAUGCCAAGCUUUUGACACGCGUUCAUCUUGGUCACACUAUGAAGAUUUCCGGGCAUCCCCCAUUCAGUUACCAUCCCUGAAACAUCUCAUGCUGACUUUCUUAAUAUGCCCUUCGAGAUGGCUACUGGAUAUAAUUCAUGCACCAGAGAUUGAGACCAUCACCUUCAAAUGGACAACCAGUAUGCCACAUGCAUUUUAUGAGGCGAAUUUCAGACUUAUAGACCAUCAAAUAUCGAGAUUGGAUCCUACUCGCGUGUUUCCUUCCCAGUUGACACAUGUCGCCACAGUCACCACUUGUCGUUCGCACCCUGACAGGCAAUGGGACUUGAAUGUUUUUCCGAUAUCUUCUCAGUACGGUGUUACGGUCUCUCAUCAGCGCUUUGCUUUUCCUGAUUCUGAUAUGUAA